AUGUACAGAACACAACCAACUGAUUUGGAAAAUUGGGCCUCAGCCCAGAAUACUUUUCAACAGCCCCACCAAAUUAGAAAAGUCGUUUCAGAAAAAGAUUUUUCAAUUAACAACAAGGCCAGCGAGUUCUCCGCCCCACUCACCUCCUUCGACUGGAACGAGGCCGAGCCCCGCCGCAUCGGAACCUCCAGCAUCGACACCACCUGCACCAUCUGGGACGUCGAGAAGGGCGUCGUCGAGACCCAGCUCAUCGCCCACGACAAAGAAGUCUACGACAUGGCCUGGGGAGAAGCCGGAGUUUUCGCCUCCGUUUCAGCAGAUGGCUCGGUUAGGGUUUUCGAUCUCAGGGACAAAGAACACUCAACCAUCAUCUACGAGAGCCCAGUCCCCGACACACCUCUCUUGAGGCUCGCCUGGAACAAACAGGACCUUAGGUACAUGGCAACUAUUUUAAUGGACAGCAAUAAAGUCGUGAUUUUGGAUAUCCGUUCGCCAGCUGUCCCUGUGGCCGAGCUCGAGAGGCACACGGCCAGCGUGAACGCCAUCUCGUGGGCCCCACAGAGCUGCAGGCACAUAUGCUCUGCAGGGGAUGACGGGCGGGCCUUGCUUUGGGAGCUGCCCACAGUUGCUGGGCCCAAUGGGAUUGACCCAAUGCUCGUAUACUCAGCAGGUGCGGAGAUUAAUCAGCUGCAGUGGUCCGCGGCCCAGCCCGAUUGGAUUGCGAUUGCAUUUGGGAACAAGAUGCAGAUGCUCAAGAUAAUGGUGCGUUUUGAUGGUGAAAAUGGUGCUCGGUUGGUUUUCGGCACAUGCAUCAACAUGUGUUGA